CCGAUUAAUUUAAUAUAUGUCAUUUACACCGAACAUUCAAAUCUGUGGAUUAAUUUAAUCUUUUCCAUUUUCGUCGGACACUGAAGUCCCAAGUUUCCGCUCGUCAUUCACUGACUGACUCAUCCGAGCGUCGUUCCUCGCCCUUCACUCGCCCAGAUCCAAAUGGACAGAAAUGCCAGAAAAAUUCGAAAUCAGGACCUAAAUCCAUGCAUUGAAGAAAGUGAUGCCUCUCAAAAGUGUUUGGAUGCCAGCAACUAUGAAAAGAAUAUGUGCACAGCCUACUUCCAGAGGUACAAGGAUUGUAGAAAAUAUUGGCAUAACAUCAUGUUGCAGAGGAGGAGAGAGGGUGUGAGACCCGACAUGCCGACUGCUCCAGAAAGGCAGGACAUUCUCUCUGCUCAUGGAGGAAAACCAUAUUGACUUGACACAAUGCUCAUACAUUUGUGUCAGAUGAGAUUAUGCUUUGUGAGUCGGCGCUGUCAUGAAGAUUAAAGAUGCCCUCUACUCCUGCAGACGUGGAAUGACCUUAGUUCUGUUUUUGAGUAUAUAUGAGGGUCCUGACAUUCAUUUUUCUUCCAGUCAUUUCAUUUCAUUCAUGUCAUUUUAUGAAACAUUUUCAACGACUCUUUGGCGAUGUGGUUGAGAUAUCCUUACAACUAGGAUGUUGUGGAGGUAGUAUUUGGACUAAAAAGUAGGGAUGUCUGAUAAUUAUCGCAAGAUAGAUGAAGUGGCCAUUAUUUCCAUAAUAUAAUGCGGUGGGCCAGAUCUGGCCACCAGGCAUCCAAUGGAGAUGUAAGUACCUGCAAAUAAAUCAUGUAAUGUUGAUGUUGCUCUCAUCUUUGUCUUUUGAUGUCACCCAAAAUGUUUUCAGUCUACAGCAAAAGUACGCACAUUGGAGAGUGUCAUGUUGGCCACACAGUCAGGACAUUGGGAAGACGUGGGUUCGAUUCUCCGCACGGACACCUCUGGGCGUUUUCCUCGGGUACUCCGCUUUCCUCCCUGUUCCAAAAACAUGCUUGUACGAACGUAUGGUAUGAAUGUGAGCGGGAAUGGUUGUUUGUGGAUAUGCGCCCUGUGAUUGCUUGGCCACCAGGGCGUACCCCGCUUCUCGCCCAAAGAGGGCUUGGAUAGGCUCCAGCGUAACCGCGACCUUAAUGAGGAUAAGCAGCGGUGGAUGGAUGUCCUGCACAGAUACUGACUCAUGCAUGGUGAUUAACUGCACACAUUUUCUGUUAGGGUUAGGGUUAGCCUAACCCUGUCACAGAAGUUGGUGGCUUCUUGUCUUCCUCGCAGUGUUGCAGAGAUCAUCAUGUUGCUCCGUGGUCCACACAAAUCAGUGGCGGUUCUGGCUUGAAUGACUCCCUGGGCGGAUCGACGCAUUUUUCUUCCCUCCGAGGCGCCCCCUGGAGAAUGACGCCCCGGGCAAUUGCCCAUGCGCCCAUAGCUAGAACCGCUACAGACGCAAUAGCCGCUUUUCACCUACAAACGACGCUGGAAGACACUGCAGUGUCCUGAAGCAAUGUCCCGUUUUCACUCCACACCGUCACAGCAUCCAAAAGUGUCUUUUUGUAAUUACAGACCUGGUACUUCUCCGGGGAUCCCGCGACGUCAGAAUCAACUUUACCAUUAAUCAUGUGAUCGGGACGGCCCGUGAUUAAAAAAAAAAAAACAUCACAAACGUCAACCAGUAGCUGUCACAUUGGGCAUGCGCAGAUGCGCCGAUGACUCCAACCCUAACUCCCUACCCAUAUUCGCGGUAUAAUGAACACAAACUACAACAAGCCAUAUAAAAUGCAGUGAUGGUUCCACGGUAGUUGCUUAAGUUGUGACCGCUUGCUGAAAACGAUGCCAAUAGCAUGUAGAUGCGUUCUGUGCAUUUGUAGGACCAAUCUUGACACAAUCUAAUCCUUGCUCUUGCGCCGACUCAGAAUUUGUAAUAAAUGACGUGUGGUUAUCUUUUUUUGCCACAUUGAACUGAAAUGUGAAUUAUUGAAUGUCUCGGUUACCAAUAGAAAAUGUACAUGUGAAAUAUUAAUGUAUGUUUUCUAGCCUCUACAGGUCAGAGCGGCUUUCUACAGAUGAGUUUUGCACCCAAAAGAAAUUGGAUGUCUUCAUUACGAAGCGGCAAACCGGGUUGCUAUGGCUCAGCCUCAGCCGGUAUCCAGUGCACGCUGACAUACUCUGUAACCCGAUUGGCUGAUGGCUCUGCAAGGCAGUGCACUGAACAAGAAAGGGCAGGAAGGCAAAAAAAGGAAAAAGGCGACGGAGUGCUGAGGCAGGGUAUCUUUAGCAAGAGCAGAGAGCAUCGUGUUAGCUGGAGAACGGCGACAAAAGGUGGGUGGGGACAGCAAGAAACCAAAGCCACCAUAUUUUUAUUUGAUUUCUUUUUUUGAUUGUGAUUGCAACAAAGCGAUGGGAGGAGGAAUACCACACAAGAAGGCAAGAUGACAUAAAUGAUGGAAAACAAGAGGAGAUAUCUACAUGCAAUAUCCUCCCUGGUUGACGCUGAUAUCCGGAGCCAUAGCGUGAAGGGGAACACAAGGAAAAGCAUUGCAAGAGAGAAAGACGAGAGGAGAGCCACGGAGGGCGGACACUUUGGUAUGUGACACCACAAAAGCCAUAAAUAAAACCAAGAUUUUCACACACAGCCUCCACGAGCAGGCCGGGGCUGCAGUCGACAUUGGCAAAGUGGCAGGAGACGACGACGAGGCAUCUGCUCGAACUGAGGGGGAGGAGAGAUCGACGAGGAGAAGGACCUGGGCACACGGUGUGCCGUGCAGGCUCGGUGCGGAGGGAAAGGAGACUACCGAGCCCAUGGCUCGGGGCAGCGGCUCAGGGAGGUGGAGCAGGCAGAGAAUGGGUUUGGUCAACACCAUGCUGCGCUGCAACCUCCCACCAGAGACACAGAAGGUGGUUGUUUUCCUCAUCAUGAUGCUGCUCAUCAUUAUCAACGUAGUGCUCAUGUUCCUGUUGGCGUUCCAGUAGAAUGCGGACACACACCACCUCAUGCUUUCAGACACUGAAAGCAGGGGGGGGAAGUAGAGCUGCCCCGUUCAGACACCGAGCUGCCUCAGAUGAUUGGAGUCCAAAAUGUCAGUAUCAAAAUCAUCACACAGGUACUUCCUAAAAGACAGGACGGACACUCUAGGUUUAUGUGACGUGUGCCCACACUUCAGAAACUAACUUUUUGUGUUGAGACAACGUGAUAUACUUUCUGCUCAUGCAUGUUUUGCUCAUUUCACUGUUAAAUGCUGUCCAAAUAGGCAAAUCUCAUUUUGACGUUAACAUCUAUUGACAAGCGUAAAAAAAAACGAGUAAAGUCCACAGUUGGUACAGUAUUGUGAAUUGUAACCAUUUCCUGUUCCAAAUUGGAAUAUUACUGUACUUUGGUUCUUCCACCCACCGUUUACAAUAUUUUGUCUUGCACUUUAUGUAUGUCCUUCUGUCUUUUGUAUGAAUCAUAUACACCCUGGCAGACAUUACACUGAAAUUAAGACACAUUUUCUGUUUUGACAAAUAGUUUUAUUGAAGACACAUUGUGGUCAGCCACUAAACAGAAGAUUGACUAUCAAGAGAGAAGGUGUCGGCCUUGGGCUGCAUGUGUGGUUAUUCCACUUUUGCUUUCUUUCAAGGUGUCUUAUAAAGCAGUUAAGACUAAGCUAAACACUGUGUUCACACUUGUCAUUUUGGUCAAGACCAAACCGGAACGAUGGAUGAUCGUGGUCGGUGUGCACGUGGAUUCUAGUCCCGAGUGAGGCAAGUGGGAAGGCUGACUGCAGGAACGCACCAAAACACUGGAUAUAUCCCCAAAUUAGACACUCAACACAAAGCUGAGUGUAAAUCAUAAAAAAAUGAGAAUGAAACAGCCCAUUAGUGUAACUUUGGUAGAUCUUUUCAGCGGAGGUGUGACGACCAUUUCAGUUUGCUGUCGUCAGCAGAAAUGCCACUGCCUCGUUUAAUGUAUAUCUUUUCUUUGUUUGUGAUGUGAAAGCCGCGUUUUGGGUGUGUGAGGUCAUCGGACGCCACAUAUGCUGUCCAGUGGAGGUGUACCAUUACACUUAAGUGAGCAUUGUUUGGUCGUCUGACAAAAAUUUGUGUGAACACUAACCAAAAAUGCCAAAUUGACCCGCUGUAAUUUAUUAUUUGUGUUUGUCUGGACUGGAGUUCCAAACUGCAAGUGUGAAAGCACCCUUAAAAGAGUGACUGCAAACCAAGUUUGGGUUUAUUGUACUUUGUUACUUUGUGUGGGCUGCAUGUGUGCUUAUUCAACUUUAACUCUGUCAAGAUUAAUUUAAAAUCGGUAAGGUGUAAUUAAUAAAAAAAUAAAAAUAAAUGUAUAAUGUUUUUUUUUUUGGCCAGGGCAGUUUUUAUUUUUAUUUAUUUAGUUAUUUUUUUUUUUUUACAAGACAAGACAAAUGUCGGUGGCAAAAGAACAUGUAUUGGUAUGAAGGUGCAUUGCCCUUGGUCUGGGUCACGAUAAGGUAGAUGCAGAACAAAAGCAUGCAUAGGACACAUUCCAUCCACUGAUGUGCAGGGAGGUUAAUGGCUGUGGCACUGACUCCUUUGUUAUGACCUUUAAUUUCUUUUUAAAAUGUUUAUACGUUUUGGAAAAACUACAGACAGCCGCAUGUAUUUUAACAGUAACGGUAAAGUGGGUUUGUCCCAGCAGAGUGGGAGUGUCGCCUCCGUAUUCCCUAGACUAAACUUUCCAUAGCGGUGUUGCGGGCAAGGAUCCGAGUUUGUAUAGGAGGGCUAUGCGGCAAGGCGGUGGUAUGUGAGUAGAGAUAAUGGUUAGGUGUCGCCAGAACUGCAACGACUCUUUGUUUUUCAUAUAAUCUGUCAGCACUGCUUUGUGUGCUAUAGCCAAUGUAAUGUGAAUUACUCCUGUACAGGAUCAAUAAAGUUCUUAUCUUGGCCAUCUGAAAAGGUCAAAUA